CAAAAAAGUUCUUUUAUGUCUCUCCUCUGCGUAAGCAGAAUGAAAAUCCAAUACCCAGAAACAUUGCAGAGAAGCAGGAGGCUUCACAUUUUGUCUCAGUUUCUCAACCUCUUUGGUUGGAACUCUGUUUAAUAAUAUUGAAAUUGAUCAUCUGAUUUGGUUUUUAUGGUCGAAGAUUUGAUUUGAUUGGUUUUUGAGAGGUGGUUUUGUCAUUGUUUGUCAGAUUACUCAAGUUUUGAUUUGUUACUUGAAAUUGGGAUUGAGAGAAAGCAAUAGAGGAAGGACGAUUUUCUUGGUUAGAUCUGAUUGUCUUGAUUUCAUAUUCUGUUUGAAGAUUUGAUUUGGAUAGCCUGUCUGGGUAUUGAUUAUAUAUAUCUAGGAGAGGUGGGAAGAGAUGGGUCUUGAUGUCAUGGAGAUUGGAGUUCGUAUCAGGAAAGGUCUGAUUUUUCCAAUCAGAAGCUUUUAUAGAUCAGUUCGGGAUCAUCCCUUCUAUUGGGGUGUCGUGUUUUUCUUCAUCUUCCUGUACAGGUAUUUUCCUUCUCUGUUUGGACUGUUGGUCUCUUCUUCCCCUAUUUUUUUCUGCACUGCUGCUCUCCUUGGAACUCUUUUGAGCUUUGGGAAUCCAAAUAUCCCUGAAAUUGAGAAGGAUGACAAGAGGACCCAUGAGGUUGCUUCUCUGAAAUCAGCAGUCGUUGAAAAUGAUCUUAUUGUCCAGAAAGAUGAGAGCUUUACUGCAGAGGCUCAUUUGGAGAAGGGAAGGGAAGUUAAAGAGAAGAUGGUAACGGAGCCAAUGGGUUUGGAGGAGGGAAGGGAAGCUAAUGUAAGUAAGGUUGAUGAGGACAUGGUUUUCUCAACAAUUAAUGACAGUUAUUUGAUGGGUAGGACCAUUGUGAAUGAAGAACCAAAAGAAAUUCUUGGAGAGAAGCAAAAGAUUGUGGAGGGAGAGUUUGGUAAGGUAGAAUUGGUUGAGAAGCGAGAAUUCCAUAAGGAGUCACUUAUUGGAGCUGAACUUAGUGCUAGCAAAGACAUUGAUGGUACAACUUCCGUUGGUUGGGAAGAGAUUGAGACUCCCAGAAGGAAGAUUGAUUUGCCCAGUGGGGCGUUUUCCAUUUCCCAAGAUUUGUCUUGGAAACAUGCUGAAGGCCAUUCUGAAUCUUAUGAUUCAGAUUCUGAUCACACAGAGAGUUCCUCUCCAGAUGCUUCUAUGGCUGACAUCAUGCCAAUGCUUGAUGAGCUCCAUCCACUCUUAGAGUCUGAAGUUUCUCAGCCUCCUCUUAUAUCCCUUGGGAACUCGAAUGCUGUUUCAGAAAGUUCCAACAGAUCCAAUGAUGGCAGUGGUGAAUCAGAAGAGGAGAUUGAGAACCAUGAAUCAGAAGAGGAGAUUGUGAACCAGGGUACCCAAGGGGAUGGGACUAAAGAUGUUGUCACAUGGACAGAAGAUGAUCAGAAGAAUCUCAUGGAUCUUGGGACUUUGGAGCUGGAAAGGAAUCGACGGUUGGAGAGUUUAAUAGCAAAGCGGAGGUUAAGGAAACUCAUGACAAUGGAAGCUGAGAAGAACCUGAUAGACUUGGAUAGUAAUGAUCCUCCAUUUUCCAUUGCUCCUAUUUUGACAACAAGGCGAAACCCUUUUGACCUUCCUUUUGAUUCCUAUGAGGCCAUCGGUUUACCACCUAUUCCUGGCUCUGCGCCCUCAGUCUUGUUGCCUAGACGAAACCCUUUUGAUCUUCCUUAUGAACCAUAUGAAGAAAAACCCAAUCUCAUGGAUGACAGUUUCCAACAAGAGUUCACUCCAUUUCAACCGAAGGACUUGCAGUUCAGAAGGCAUGAGAGCUUCAGUUUGGGAGUUGCUGCAGAACCUAAGCAGAGGAGGCACUUCAGGCCCUAUUUCGUUACUGAACGGAUGGCUUCAGAGGGGGCAGAAUAUCCCAUGUUUCAAAGACAAUUGAGUGAGAAGAGUGAUUCUAAAGUAAGUUCUGUUCCCGAAACAGAGUCAGCUUCUUCGGUUGCAGAUCAAGAAGACCACAAGGCACUCUCUGAACAAGAAUUAUCUCAUGAAGGUGACCUGAUUUCUCAGAUUGACCAUGCUUCUGACAAUGUUGAGCAUGAAAGCCAAUCCUCCAAAGAAGAAGACCCGGUGGAGAUUGAUCCUGAAGAGAAGAGAGCUGUCGAAAUUGAUGGGGUUGAUGUCAAAGGGAUCAAUGAGGAAGGAAGACUGAUACAAGUAGACCAUGCUUCUGAUCAUGUUGAACAUGAAAGCCAGUCCUCUGAAGAAUUAAAUUCAGCAGAGGUUUAUCCUGAAGAGACGGGAGACUUUGGCAUUGAUGGGGUUGAUGAGGAGACUUCCCAUGAAGUGGAACUGCAACAGCACCACUCAGGAUCUGUUGCUUCAAUUGUGGAACCUGACAACAGUGAAGUUCCAGCAGUAGAAGAGAGAUAUAGUGAUUCAAGCUCGUUAUCAUCAGAAGUGCAUGAAAAAUUAUUCCAUUUGGACCCAAAUGAAGGAUCGAGGGAUCUAGAGCUGAAAAGGGAUGAUAAUACUGAAGGGUCCAGUGUCUCCAUUCAAUCAUCUCUCACUGAAUCAGAUUUUAAUCUUAGGAGCAGGAUCAUGGAAGGUGGGGAUGAGAGUCAAAACAAGGAGCCUGUUUAUGAUUCAAGCCCAUCAGGGAUUGAGAAGACACUCUCUAACAUGACAUCUAUCCAGGAAGCUUUCUUUUAUGUAGAUAAAGGAGUUAUCAUCUCUACUCCCUCCUUGGCUUCUGACUUACAGGUAGAGGUCUCCGAAGUCGGUUCACCUCCAGUGCAGGUUGAUAGGGAAAAUGCUGAAUCUUUAUAUUAUGAAGAGAGUACAGUGGAGAUCUCUCCUGGCAAUGAAGCUUCAUGGGUGGCCUCACCUACCCUGUGUGCUGUAGAUGAAAAUGAAUUGAGGUCGAUGGAAGUUACAGAGAUUAGUGAGCGUGAUGUCAUAGAGGUUGGAUUUCCAGAAGUUAGCCAGAAUUCUGAUGAUCCUCAUGUUCCAAAAAUGGUAGUUGGGGAAGCUGCAAGUUGCUCAAGUUCAUCUUCAUUGGAGACUCAAUUGGGAGAGGGAGCUCUGAUAAGUAAGGAAGUGCAUCUUCAGUCAGAGCAGGAUCAAGUCUCUUUGUCAAGCUCCAAUGCAAAGGUCUUUGGAGAGGUCCAGCAACAUGGUGCCAACAUGAAGGUGGACAGUAUGGCAUCAAGUUAUUCAAAUGGAGUAUCAUCUGAAGGUUCGGGAUCUUCUGUAAUGGAGAAGUCCACACCUUUGAUGGAGGAAUUUACUGUUCAUCGAUCUACUGAUUGUGACCAUGAAGAAACUCAGGACUCAUCUGUUCUUCUAGUAAAGUCUAAUGAUGAAGUCAAUGUCCAAGCAACUGAGAAUGAAAAUUCAUCAACUGGGCCACAUGUCAGUAAGGAGCAAUUUAGUGAAGAGGCAGAGGGAAUUGAAGAAGUUGAUGAGAGACUUCUGUCAGAAUUGGACAUAGUUGGGGAUUUCAGUGUCAAAGAGUUGGGAUUAAACAUGAACCAGAAAGAAAAGAAGUUGAGUUUGGAGGAACCAGAGAUCCUGCCUGGGCUGCAAGUUCUUGGAGACAGGCCUGCUGAAGAUAUUGAAUCUGAUUCUGUCAAAUUAAGCAACCUUGAGGUGAAAGACAGAGUUUUGGAAGUGACCAAAACAACUCCAGAGUUACAAGUUCUUGAAGCAAGCUCCCUUGGCGAUGCCAAUGUGGAUUUUAAGCAUAUCUCUGAAGGAGAGGUUGAGAAAUCUGUGGUUGUUGAAUCAAUCCACAGUGAGGUUGGAUUGGCUGAAUCUCAGCCAUCAGAAGGAGACUCAUGUUCAACUGUGACCGAUUCAGAGCGACCUGUUCUUGAGGCAAGCUCUCUUGAAGAUAUUGAUUUGGCUUUAAAGGAACUCCAGGAAAGAUUGCAUAAAACUAGCAUUGCUGAAUCUUUCCAUGAUAAACCAAUAGAGGAGAAAAGUGAAGUUGGGUUGGCUGACUCUGGCCUAACAGAAAAGAACACAGAUCUGACUACGACUGGUUCAGAGCUACCAGUUCUUGAGGCAAGGUCUCUUGAAGUUGAGGUGAAGGGAAUGGAAAGAGCUAAGGAGAGUGACUCAAGUCUUGAAGAAUCUGGGACACCCCAAGAUAAAGCAUAA